UACAUUUGAAGUUUGAUUUCCUUUGCAGACAAUGGAGUCAAUGAAUGGUGGAAAACUAUUCUCCAGUUCAUAUCUGAUGGAUCUGGGAGCAUGCAUCACAGCAUUACGUUACUGUGCAGGGUGGGCUGACAAGAUCCAAGGCCGCACCAUACCCAUCGAUGGAAACUUUUUUACUUACACAAGACAUGAGCCUGUUGGUGUAUGUGGCCAAAUCAUUCCUUGGAAUUUCCCGCUGGUCACGUUCAUUUGGAAGAUAGGGCCUGCCCUUACCUGUGGAAAUACAGUGGUUGUAAAGCCUGCAGAGCAAACUCCUCUCACUGCUCUUCACGUGGCAUCUUUAAUCCAAGAGGCAGGUUUCCCUCCCGGAGUAGUGAACGUUGUCCCUGGUUACGGGCCUACUGCUGGGGCGGCCAUUUCUUCCCACAUGGAUAUAGACAAAGUGGCCUUCACGGGAUCUACAGAGGUAACAGCACUUACUCAGGCCGGUCAUGCAGAAUGUCUGCAUCUCCAGGUGUCAGAAACAUGUUCUGUGUCACUGUUUUUAGGCCAACGUUUCUCUAAAACAAAAGUUCUUUUUAAUGAUUUGUUCCUUAUUCAAGCCUUCGCACAUGUUUAUAGAACAUAAGCAGCCGUGCUUGAGAUGAAGCCCGGUACCUGUCAUGCACUCGGCCUGCAGGAAACUGUGUUCAGUGUGUUCAUUACUUUCCCUGACAAGAAAUACAGCCGAUGAGACCCUGUCGUGUGAUGAGUAUGGUUUAUGAUAGAAAAUCUAAAUCGGGCCACAGUGAUUUGUAGGAAUGAAUGUAACUUCACCCUGUACCUUAUGGAAAUUGAAGAGCAGAGGAUCACCUUUAGCUCCUUAUUUGGGGCUCUCUCUGUCCUGAUCAUUCUGAAAGGGAGCCAGGGCCUCAGCUUCCUGAGGGUUACUGCUGGCUUAGCCUAAAUUUAUGCCUCUCCGGCUCCAGCUUGACUUUCCAGAAGGUUAAAGAACAUGGUCUCAGCCAUGGACACUGCAAGAAGAGGCAGGAAGGAGAGAAAGAGGGAACCUGCCUGGAAAGUGGAGUUUGGGAGAAUGGAUUCCCAUCUAUUGAGAUGAUUUUCUAUUGCAAGCAAAAAGAAAGUGGUAAAAUCAUACUGUGUCAAGCAAAAAACAAUAUGAGUCUUCCUGUUGGGUGAUGCGACAUUGUGAAAUGUUCAGUGCAAACCUCUUACUGGUAUACAGUAUAAAGGAUGAAGAAUGAGAAGAGCCCCUUCUUAUAAAGCUGCGGUUACACAUGAGCUACAAGACAGGAUGUGAUAAGAUACUGAGACCUGUACAAACCGCUGUAAGAGCAUUCACAGGAAGGGAUGACAGUGUCUACAUAGGUGGGACAACCUGCUCUGAAUUUUGAAGAGUGGUUAUGUUUUUCACUCCCCAGAGAC